UCUUCUUUCUUCUUCAAAUCACAUAAUGUCAUACCACCAGCAGACCUCUUACUCUUCGGAGCAGUCUUCCUUCACCUCAGAAGAGGUUCGGUACACCACCCAGCAAACCUCUUCCAACCAGCAGCCUACUUACCAGGUCCAGCAGUCCUAUCAAUACCAGCAGCAGCAAUCGUUCAACAGCCUGUCGGUCACUUUCAUCGGCGCCAACUUGGACAAGGAUGUCGAGAAGCUCGGCAAGCAAGACCCCUAUGUCCAAUUCACCUAUGACUUCAGCGACUCCAAGUCAUACCAGCAGACUUUCACUCACAAGGAUGCAGGCAAGACUCCCCAAUGGAACCAGACCUUCAACUUGCCAUACUCUGGUGCUCCCGACCUUUUCAUUGAGGUGAUGGACCAGGAAUCCACCGGUGCUGACGAACUGAUCGGUUUUGCUGCCAUCCCCAUCCGCCAGAUCCGCCCUGGCCAGCCCUUGAGCAGCUCGUUCCAGGUCUAUGAUAUCAAGUCCAACUCAAUCGGUGUGGUCCAGAUCACUUUCACGACUCAGCCUGGCCAGCAGGGCUAUCAGCCACAAGGUAUGGGUCAGUCCUACGUGCAUGAAGGUCAUUUGAAGCGCUGCAAGUCGCUCCGCAACAAGGGUGUUGCCACAGACGUUGCUGGCGUCGCCAUCGGUGGUGCCCUCGCUAUUGGCGCAGGUCUGUUGGGAAAGAAGUUGUAUGACGACCGCAAGGAGGAGAAGGAGCAACGCGAAGAGGAAGAACAGCGCCAGAAGGAGGAGCAGGAGCGUAUGGAACGCGAGAAGCAGCGAUUGGAGCAAGAAAAGAAGCAGCUCGAGCAGCAGAAGCGUCAUCAAGAGGAGGAGCAAAAGAAGCGCCAUGAACACGAGAAGAAGCAACAGCACCACGGUGGUGGCUCAUCUCAUCACGAAAGUGAUGGCGGCCAUGGUCAUGGUCAUUGUCACCAGAAGCAGCAAAGCGACUGCGCUGACAGCUGGAACCCCGUCGGCACGUAUGCCCCUGGCGACAAGGUCGAGUACCACGGCCGAACGUACAUGUGCUUGCAGGGCCACACCUCAAACCCAACCUGGAUGCCUGGUGCUGCUCACUCCCUCUGGCAGCCUUGCUAAAUAUAAUACCCUUCAGCUGCUAAUAGUCCCUAAAACCUCUUUUUCUCACGCAAACAAAUACUCGCUCAUUCACACAUCCGCAUAACGCCCACAUCGUUGUCCAACAGCCCUUUGCACACAAGAACUUUUAAAAUAGUUGUAAUAAACACGUCCUGUAAAAAAAG